AUGGAAAUGGAAUCAUUCAUGGACGACCUUUUGAACUUCUCUGUACCGGAGGAAGAAGAAGACGAUGACGAAGGAGAGGAUGUUCGGUCGCCGAGGAAUAUUACUCGCCGGAAAACCGGAUUACGGCAGACAGAUUCCUUCGGUCUCUUAAAUCCCGACGACCCUGGAGUUGUUGAGGAAGAGGAUUUGGAAUGGAUAUCAAACAAAGAUGCUUUCCCUGUGAUCGAAACAUUCGUCGGCGUAUUACCGUCGGAACAUUUCGGUUUAGCGUCGCCGGAGAGGGUAGCGACUGAAGGAAAACAGCUGAGUCCGGUUUCAGUACUGGAAACGGGUAGCCAUAAUAGCUCUAUAACGAUGACGACAACCUCCAACAGCAGCGGCGGAAGUAAUGGAAGCACGGUGGGGGCAACGGCCGCCGCUAGCACCGCCACGAUGAUGAGCUGCUGCGUAGGGUUAAACGUGCCGGGGAAGGCGAGAAGCAAGCGCCGCCGCACGGGACGGCGCGAUUUGAGAGUUCUGUGGACAGGGAACAACGAGCAAGGAGGAGGAGGACCACAGAAGAGGAAGAUGCCGUCGGUUGCAGUGGCGGUUUCAAUGGGAAGGAAGUGUCAACACUGUGGAGCGGAGAAGACGCCGCAAUGGAGGGCGGGACCGUCGGGACCGAAGACGCUGUGUAAUGCGUGUGGCGUGAGGUACAAGUCAGGUAGGCUUGUUCCGGAGUAUCGCCCGGCUAAUAGCCCGACUUUCUCGGCGGAGUUACAUUCAAAUUCUCACCGGAAGAUUGUAGAGAUGAGGAAGCAGUUUCAGUCCGGUGACGGUGAUGUUCGGAACGAUUGUGGAUAA